UCCUCCUCCUGCCCACCGCGUCCCUCCCAGAUCUCUCCUCGAUUCUGCCCUCCGGCCCCUCCAGUCCCCCUCCAGCGCGUUCUUCUCGCCUCCAGUACCUCUGCCUUGCCUCCGUCUGCAUUCGUGGUCAUUGAGAUCGUCCCCGAAAACACGAGGAAGCCUCACUUUCGGGCUGCCCUUGCCUUGCGCACCUUCACCAGUCUUUCUGUCUCUUUGUCAUGGCCUCCGCAUACCAGGGCUCCUAUUCGCACCCGCCUCCGCCAAGCGGUCGAGACGAUGUUCGCCUCCCAUCAAUUAAGGACCUGAACUUUCCUCAGCACCGAGCGCAGGAAGGUUCUACGGCACCGCCUGGCGGGGCGCAGACGGAACAUGCCCGCGUCGGUCGUCAUGACGCGUCCUCGUGGAGCCGUUCGAGCGCGCAGAGCUCAGCACCGACGUCUCAGCAUCCUCAGAGCAUGCCACCGCCACACGAAAGUCCGAAGACUCAAUAUCCUGCAAAGGCGGACAUGCAGUAUGCGCCUCUUCAGCAGGCCCCGCCGCCUUCAAUAGCGCCUGCCUCCUCUGGACCGCCUCCCUCCCGUGGCGAUCCGUCCCCGCAAAAUACCUCGAAGCGUCCGCGGUCCGAAUCGGGCGUCGGCGUCAGUGCCUCUCCGGGGCGCUCUCACGCUACCGCGUACCCUCCGCCACACCCGUCUUACGCGUCGCAGCCUCCGCCAUCGUACGGCACCGCGCCCCCGGUUCCAGUGCCCACGUCUCACGAGUCUGUGCACCCUUCGGCUCCGUACCCGCCUCCGCCGGGCUACCCAUAUCCUCCGCCUGUCACUCACAUGCCACCACGGCACUAUGCGGUCCCUCCCCAGGUCCCUCCACAGCAUCCUCCGGGCUCCUACCCGCCUCCUGUCGCCCCCGAGCACUGGUCGCCGCAUGCGCCUCCGCCUCCGCCACACCACUAUGGUGCGUUCCCCAGACCAGCGCUCGUGGCUGCCCCUGUGGACCCGCGUAGUGUAGCGCUUAGCCCGAACGAGGCCGAGAAAUUCAACGUGCGGCAAAGCACCCUUUCGGAGAUCUACAAGCACUGUUCCAUUCUUCAUCAGUUCUCGCAUCACUGGGCACAACUGCAAACUAGUCAACCACACGCCCAACCUUCGCCGCAAGAAGUAGCGGAAAUGACCUGGCGCGCUAAUACCGUCAUGCGUCUGUUGGAGGAAGUCAGACGCUUGUCGCUUCCUGAGGGUGCAGUUCCAAGGGAGAGCGCUCCUGCCCCGGCAGCUCCUCCGAGCGUUCCUGAAGAUCACACUCGCCCGCCGAAGCGGCCGUGGGAGGACAUGGCUCGUGAAGAGAACGACCCUCCGGCCCCAAACAGCUAUCCUGAUGCUCAGGCUCAAUUUGAGAUCAGCGACCGGGCUACGGCUGAGAAAGAUAUGGAAAUCAUUCGCAGUAAACGGGCGACUAGCGCCAGUGCUUCAGCUCCCGGUCAGCCGAAGAGCAAGUACAGGAAGCGAAGCCGCGCAACCCCGCCCGGCAAGUGUCAUUCGUGCAACAUCCGUGAAACGCCGGAGUGGAGGCGUGGUCCCGAUGGGGCUAGAACGCUGUGCAAUGCUUGCGGCUUGCAUUAUGCAAAGCUGAUGCGGAAGCGCGACAAGGGCGCGGAUGGCAAGGCGGCGCCAAUUGACUUGCAGACUUUGCGCGCGUCGACGCAGUCAGCCAGAGGCGGAGGAGACACAGAACAGUCUCAGUCAAGCUCGCAUCAUCAACAGAGCCCUGCUAUCAUGCAUGCGCCGUAUGACCAACAGAAGGCGGCUCCUCCUCCGUCGCCCAUGCACCAGAGCCACCACCCCGCCCAUGCACCUCCGCAUCCACAUGCUGGACACCCGUCUCCUCACCCGCAUUCCUACCAGCUGAUGAAUUCCACGGGCGGCCCUCCUCCAUCCCACGCGCAGAUGAUGCCGCCUCCGCCCCCGCCCCAACAAGCGCACGCUGAAGGUGGCCCGGUCCCUCCACCUCCAUGGAUGACUUCAUCCUCGUCUCGUGCAGGGUACUCGACGGAACAUCAGUCCUACUUGAGGACGUCGCACCCUCCGUCGCACGCAAGGGCGUCUCCUCAGUAAGCUCGGUCUGAGGGCUUCUAGCGUGCAUGCGUUAUGCACUAUCCUUGCAUGACUUCCGCGCAUUCCUCUCAUGACUUGCACUAUCGUAUCUUGUCUGCUGUGACUAGUCCAACAUACAGUAACCUCAGUCGUCUUGUCUCCGGCACUCCCUUCCAUGUCUGUGUUGGUGUGUACCUGUGUAUGCUGCCUCGUGUCUCAGCUUCUCGUAAUUGACUACAGAAUAUAUGUCUUUAAUGAAUGUCCUCGUGUCAUCGGC